CGAGUAUGCCAAAUUUAUUUCCUACCAAGAAUUUCUAAAGCAUUCAUCUAUCCCUAUCUCGGUAGUCGCUAAUUCAGGUAUUUCAAACACAUGUCUUGUUUCCUCAUCCUCGAAAUGGGUCAUUAACUGAGGUGCCACAGAUCAUAUGAAGAUCAUAUGACUGGUAAUCCUAGUCUAUUCUCAUCAUUUCAUUCGUAUUUACCUUAUUCUAGUGUCACUUUAGCUGAUGGAUCUACCUCACCCGUUCUUGGAUCUGGUACUGUUAUCCCAACUUCUACACUACCAUUAUCACCUAUUUUUAGUCUUUCUAAUUUUGCAUUUAAUUUGCUUUCCAUCAACAAAAUCACGCGUACUCUUAAUUGUUCUGUAACACUUUUUCCUGGAUAUUGUGUGUUUCAGGAUCCGUUAACGAAGAAGACUAUUGGUAAAGGACAUGAGUAAGCUGGUCUUUAUAUUUUGGAUACAUCAAUCACAAAAGAUGCAACGUGGUAGAACUUCUGUAGAUAUGGGUAACCUCGGCUGGAACCGAACCAAGGAGAUUGCGAGGAAUCAUCCUAGUUCACACAAAGGUAAAGGUAAAGGACGCGCCGGGUCUUCUUCUCAAACCCGAGAUAAUUUUGAAACGGACUAUCACCGGAGAGAUGCGGAUGCAAUGUCCGAUGAGCAACUACAACAACUAUUGUCCCAACAAGAUGGACGGUUUUACCAACAAUGUGACAUUCCCGAGGUUGAAGAUGAGCUUGAGGAUGACGAUGCGGAGGAGGAUCCCCCGACAGCCGAGGGCGAGGGUCACGGCACCCCAGAUGAUGAGGAAGAGGUUGAGGAUUUAACCUACACUAGUCUUUCACCCGUGCAUUGCACGAGAUAUCAAACUAAAAUAUCACUGGAACAUCAUUUAAUUUAUUCAAAUGUUGUCUAACAAUGUGCCUCAUGAGUAUGUGA